GAAGCAGAAGAAAUCGGUUGUUGUCGGCGCCGGAGGAAAUGAGUGGGGCAGGUGUGCCGGACUUUUUCUACAGAGAAGCUCAACGUCUUGGCUAUGUUGCUCGCUCUGCUUUCAAGCUUCUACAGAUUCAAAAACAGUACAAGCUCAUCAAACCAGGCUCUUCUGUUCUUGACCUUGGUUGCGCGCCUGGUGCUUGGCUUCAGGUUGCUUGCCAAAGCUUAGGUCCACUUAGAAGUGGUGGAAUUGUCGUCGGUAUGGAUAUAAAGAAGGUGAAGGUUCCUCCACAGUGUGAUUCUCGAGUGCAAACCAUUGCCGCCGAUGUUUUAAACUUUCCCAGACAAAAGAUUCGGGAGUUAUCACCUCAGCAAUUGGGAUUUUCAGUCAUUCUUUCAGAUAUGUGUCACUCAGUAUCUGGAAUUACCACUAGAGACGCAGCUCUGUCUGCUGAAUUGGGAAUGCGAGCACUUGAUUUGGCUGUUGGUCAAGCUGCCAUCUCUCAGUCACCUGAUGAUGAUAAUGAUGGAGGCGAUGAGGUUCCAAGCAACGAAAGUCGUCGUGGUGUACUUAGACAUGGAGGUCAUCUUGUGAUCAAGCUUUUAGAGAGCGAGGAUGCUCAAGGUACGGGGAAGAACUGUAACAUAGAGUCCAACUAUAAUACCAUUGAAAAAAGUGCUUCUUCUUUACAUUUACACAGUGUCUUUUUGUUUAGAUUUUGCUCGAAUUUGCAAGCCCAUCUUUAGCAAGGCAUCUUGGUUGAGGCCAAAAGCUACAAGAUCAUCAUCUCGAGAAAUUUACUUGAUUUGCCAGGGAUUUCGAUAGUAAAAGCUUUCAUAUACA